AUGAGUAAAAAAAAACAGUUAGAUCUUAAAUCACUUUUUGAUGUUUUUGAUAAUGAGUCGUGCAAUAUAGUGGAUACUGAAUUAAAUCCAACAACAAAGGCUAGCAACUCAACUAUGUAUGAAGCCAUCGAAGAUAACAAUUUGGAAAGAGUUAAAACACUAUUAGGAAAUGGAAUGGAUGUAAAUGAACCGAUUAUAACAACUGGAGAAUUUGCUGGAUUCACGGCAUUGCAUGUCGCGUGCAUGAAAAAUAAAAAUCACUUGGUGAAGUUACUACUUAAUGAUUAUAAAGCAAAUGUUGAUGCUACGGCUGCUGAUGGAACUCGACCCAUACAUUUGGCAUGUUUUUAUGAAUAUCAUCCCAAGUUAUCAGUAGGUAUGAAAUUUUUUUUUCCAGUAGGCUGGAAUAUACGUUCAUUGGUGAAUGCUAAUGCAAAUGCUGAUGCUGAAUUUGGACAAGAAAUUUUUUCAAAGCACCUCAAAGACAGUAAAUGGUGCCCCGAUUUCGGUGAUAAAAUGACACCGCUUAUUUUUGCUGUUCUUUAUCUAAAACCAUUAUUUAUGCCUUUGCUCGGAAAAGUGAACGCAAACUUUAUGAGCUUUAAUAAUAAAACAUUACUGAUGUAUGCUCUUCAGAACCCAUUUAGGGAAUUCUUCGUUGAAGAUAUUUUAAAAAAUCUUAAGGAUCCUGAAUUAAUAAACCAUCGCGAUAAUGAUGGUAUACCAGCAAUUCAUUAUCUAGUCCAUCCCAGAAUGUAUGGAAAUUGUCGAUAUUAUGAUCCUGAAAGGUUAAAUACAUGCCGCAGUCAAGCAAUGAAUUUAAUUAGAUACUUGACUCUUGGUGGGGCUGACAUUUAUGCACUGAUAAAUAAUGACCCAGCAACAUUUUUACCUAAUCUAUUUGCUUACAGAAGCUACCCAGAACUACUACGGGUGUUUUUACCUCAUUAUACUGAUAUAUCCUUAUCUAGGGUUUUAUAUUACGCCACGCUUCCCAUUGAUGAAGAUUCUGAUAAUUUAUUCCGUAACGGUCCUACAAGACCCGAUGAUCGAAAUAGUUUCAUCGAAACAAUAAAAGAAAGACGCGAAGAGACUAUAAAGGUAGUUAUAAACGAUCUGGUCUUUAGACGUGAAUUUAACUUACCCGUUCCAGAAGAAGAAAUAAAAUUAAUGGAUAAAUUAAUUGCCACUAACGUAUAUAUCAGAAUGAUUGUAAAUAACCAUAAAAUACUUUUCAUUGAAGACCUCAAAAAUCUGUUAACCGAAUUCAGGGGUAAGAAAAUAUCAAUGUAUAAUUUUAUGAUCCAAAUUUAUGACGAUGAAAAAUUUAUGACAUUGGCGCGAGACAAGUCUUUACGGAGAGCUUGGGCUGGUUUUAAAGCUGGUGGUAUUCGCCAUCUAGAACCUUAUAUCCUUUAUCAGUCAAUUAAAAUAAAGAUAGGUAGAGCUACCAUGAGGUUAAAUCUACUUAACAAAUUAGAAAAAAUUUCGUCACUUAGAGAAGCUAUACCAUUACCGUAUGAAUUAAUAUUAGAUAUUGUUCAGUAUCUAAACAACAAAGAAUUGAACGAAUUCAUUGGUGCUUUUUAUAAUCCAUACACAGCAAAAAAAUUGUACAAAAAUUACUCUUACAACUAUCCUGAUGCUGGAGUAUUCUUGUACAAGGGAUAA